AUGUUCAAAACUCCGCAACAAACCUAUCUAGAGUUUGCCUCAGAGAAACUGAGGGCUCUCAAGCGUUGGCUUAAGUCAGCCGCGAUAACCACGUACGACGAAUUAGUAAAUCUCUUAGCCUUAGAAGAGUUCAUGCGUAAGCUCCCUUACUCAGUAAUGUUACACAUCACCAACAAAGAAGAAACAGAUCUUCUCAAAGCCGCUCAGUUAGCGGACCUUUUCUCCCUGGUGAAUCGCAAGGCAACCUCAGACAAGCUGACCGAGACUCCUAGUGGUAAGAUAAACUCAGGUAACUCAGGGGUUGGUAAAAUGACCGGCAGUAGUACUCGACCACCUCUAUUUUGUGCUUUUUGUAAACAGCCGGGGCACCUCAUAAAGAACUGUCCUAAUCCCAAGUGCAAGGUAGCUCAAACAUAUCCUGCCAAGCCAGUUGCUUCCAUACAAGCUCUUCCCUCCUUCCCUGUACCUAAAGACUUAUUUGAGCCUUUCAGGUCUGUAGGCACCAUCAGCAUUGAUAACAAGGAUCACCCAGUUAAGAUUGUCAGAGACACCUGUUCAGCUCAGUCCCUAGUGCUGAAGUCAGCAGUCCCUGGUAUUGAACAGUGUUACACAGGUGAAAAGGUAUAUUUAAAAGACUUCCAUGACCCCUUCCCCAUUGCAUUAGCUAAAGUACAUCUUGAUAGCCCACUAGUAAGAGGUGAAGUGAUAAUAGGAGUUAGUGAAGAACCAGCCUUACCCAUCCCUAAUGCUCAACUACUCCUCGCUAAUGACCUAGCUGGCAGUAAGGUGACUCCCCCUUUGGUAAUUAGUGACACAAUGCUGAUGGAUAACCCCACUGUACAGUUAGAAGAGCAACAACCAGGCUUAUUCCCUGUUUGUGCCACUACUCGUGCACAAGCAAGGAAAUCUGAUCAGUCUUUCUCACUUCCAAAGAAGAGCCCAUCCCCACUUGAACUCAAUCAAAUAUUUUCUGAAAAACUUCUCACUGAGGCUCAACAGGAAGACACUACUUUGACUCAAUUUCAUGACAAGGUUAUCCCUCCAGAUCAAAUUACUAAUUACCCUGCCUUUUACAAACAGGAUGGAGUUCUCAUGAGAGUGUUCCGGCCCUCUAAGGUCCCAGAUGCUGCUGCUUGGGCAGAAGCCCACCAGGUGGUUGUGCCUACCAUACUCAGACAUUCCAUACUAGAGAUCGCUCAUGAAAGUUUUGCUGGUCACUUGGGCAUCAAGAAGACAUGUGAGAAGAUCCUCGCUGACUUUUACUGGCCAGGAUUAAGGGAGGAUGUGAAGAAUUACGUCAGUACUUGUCAUCUCUGCCAGAUAGCGGCCUUUCCGAUACGUAAAAUCAACACCAACACUAUUGUGUCCAAGCUAAACCACUUCUUUACUACCUUCGGGAUUCCUCAAACCAUUCAGAGUGACCGAGGAACUAAUUUCACUAGCGUUCUCUUCACAGAGGUGUUAAAAGAGCUUGGUAUCGCACAAACCUUAUCUUCUGCCUAUCACCCGCAGUCACAGGGCGCUCUAGAAAGAUUUCAUCAGACACUGAAAGGACUUCUACGCAAAUUCUGUCACGAGCAGGAGAGCGAAUGGGAUGACACACUCCCCUACAUGCUUUUUGCCAUCAGGGAAGCCCCUAACGAGAGUACAGGAGUUUCCCCAUUCGAGCUCCUGUUCGGUAGGAAAGUGCGGGGACCAUUAAGGAUUAUUAAAGACAAAUUGUUAGAUUCCACUACCCACAAACUUGUCUCUGUAACUAAAUACUUGAACAACCUUAAAGCCACACUCACUAAAGUUCGCACCUUUGCUGAUAACAACUUACACAAAUCUCAAAACACCAUGAAGAAACACUUUGAUCAGAAGGCCAGAGUUAGAGUAUUUGAUAGAGGUGAUCAAGUCCUUGCAUUCAUACCCACACCUAAACACCCAUUACAAGUAAAGUAUCAUGGUCCCUAUGAGGUAGUGGAAAAGGUAGGAGAUAACAACUACAUCAUAAACACUCCAGACCGCCGAAAGGCAACACAGUUAAUACACGUUAAUCUCCUAAAAAUGUAUAAAUGUAGAACCCCUGUGACUGGCGCCCAACCAACCCCUAGAGUAGCUUCCUGUGGUAUCAUUGAACCCCAGGAGGCUGACUCAGAGUUAAAACCUGCCUCUGUGUGUUCAUUGAUUAUGACGUGUUCGGUGACCAUCCUAAAAUCUGUUAAUGUCCUCCGCCAUGAUGUGAAGGUGCUUCCAGGGACCUUCCCUAUCAAGCAGUCUCCCUACAGAGUCAACCCCCGGAAACGAGAACAGAUGCAGAAGGAGGUCCAGUACUUAUUAGAGCAGGGCUUGGCUAUACCCAGCAGCUCCCCAUGGGCAUCACCCUGCCUCCUAGUACCCAAGGAGGACGGACAACUGCGAUUCUGCGCGGAUUACCGACGGGUCAACGCCGUCACCAUUCCUGACGCCUAUCCUCUGCCUCGGGUAGACGACCUGAUAGAUGAAGUAGGUCAAGCCAAAUUUGUUACUAAGCUGGACCUAUUAAAAGGGUAUUAUCAAAUAGCCCUUACUGAAAGAUCUCAGAUAGUCUCUGCCUUCAUCACCCCUUUUGGACUUUUCCAGUAUGUAGUAGCCCCAUUUGGCAUGAGGAAUUGCCCCGCUACUUUCCAGAGGGCAAUGAACAAGGUAAUGCAGGGAUUAAAAGGAGUGCUGGUUUACUUAGAUGAUAUUCUUAUUUUUUCACAUGACUGGGAUGACCACCUGUACCAGAUCCAGAAUGUGCUCAGCCGUCUGCAGGAAGCGAACCUCACCGUGAAGCUGGCGAAGUCUACGUUCGGAGCUGCCACCGUCUCCUACCUAGGACAUCAGACUGGACAAGGCUCCGUCCGGCCCAAGACCGCUAACGUCGACGCAGUACUGAAGUACCCAACUCCCACUACUCGACGCGAGCUCCGCCGCUUCCUGGGCAUGGCGGGGUUCUACCGGCGUUUCUGUCCAAACUUCGCAGACGCAGCUGGGCCACUUACUAGACUAACUAGUGGGAAUGUGGCGUACGAAUGGACCCCUGCCUGCCAACAUGCCUUCAAUCAACUUAAGAACUUGCUUGCUCGGGAACCGGUUUUGCGUGCGGCCGACUUCAGUAAACCCUUCAUCAUACAUACUGACGCCAGUGAUCACGCUUCGGGUGCCGCCCUCCUGCAAGAAUCUGACGGAAUCUUUCACCCAGUCGCCUACCACUCCGAGAAGUUCAACAUCCAUCAGAAGAAUUACAGCACUAUCGAGAAAGAACUUUUAGCCAUUAUCUCUGCCAUCAAGAAGUUUGAGUACUAUCUUCAGUCCAACACCCAGCCACUCCAAAUCUACACUGACCACAACCCUUUGACUUUUCUCAACAGGAACCGCUUCACUAACCAACGUCUGCUACGGUGGUCUCUACAGCUCCAGCCUUACCACAUUGAAAUGCACCAUAUUAAGGGACUGGACAACUGCCUUGCUGACACUUUGUCUCGCCUUCCCACUACGCCUCGCAUCACUACCCGUCGCGACCCUGAGGACCCUAGGAUCCUGUUGCCGGGGAUGCAGUCGUGCCUUGUGAACCGGUCGAUGGAGGCAGCCGAGGGCCGAGCACUGCCAGAAGAACCAUCUACCGGGCCCCAGACUACACACGUUCUGGUGGAAUCCACCUUCACGGGACAGGAACCACCUCACUUCUCUAAUGACGCAGAGUCAUUCCUUCUGCGUCAUCCUAAGAAGGGGGGAAUGUCACACACGUGA